AUGGCCUCAACCAAGCUUUCCAACCUGGCCCAGCAUCCCAGUCACUACGACUGCAACCUUCAGGACAACAAAGUCACAGUAUGCUACUACCCUCCUCAGCCCUAUACGUGCAGUCUUGGAUUCGCAAGUCACAAACGUCUUUUAUCGAUCCGACCGGGACGAGCUUCUCAGCGCCAAAACUUGGGAAUUGAAUCAUUUCCGCUAACUAAGAUCCAUAGCCCAACGACAUCUAGCACGAACUCUCCCACGACCUCCAUGAGCACAAGCUCCACGCCAACUGCAACGUCAACAACUCUGUCAACUAUUAGUACAACUAGCAGUACUUCUACGACUACGACUACCACGCCUACUACUACAACGACAACCACUACCACUACCACCACAACUACAACUACAACUACAACUACAACUACUACUACAAUCACUACCACUACCACUACCACUAGUACUACUAGCUCCAAUAACUGCCCAACUCCGACUCUAGUGAACGGUGGAUUCGAGGACAGCACUACAGACAUAAACCCUUGGGUGUACUCUGCCUUUAACUCCGGAAUUACCCGCACGGUUGUGACAGCAAGCACUGGUAUAUUUGUCCCGCAUUCCGGCAAUAACUACUUGCAAUUGACCAACACGGGUACUUCGCCGGUAGAGGCCCGAAUCGCGCAAUCCCCCGAAUUCUGCAACGGAGCGGAUUACACAAUCUCGCUCUGGGCCAUUGGCGACUGCAACGGUGCGGGCUCGUGCGUCGGCUCUGGGAGCGUGCGAGUCCAGAUUGUCACCAACAUUGGCUUCAGCACGGAUUUCACCCUCUCCAACACGGGACCCUCGGACUGGCAGCAACUCACGUACACGUUCACGUGGACCGGCGGUGACGGGCUUUCUCCCGUCCUGAUCGAUGUCUUUAUGGAUGACAACUCGGACUCAAUCGCUCUGGACGACAUCACUAUCGACUUCGCUUGA